AUGUGCUUUUUAAGACGGCCGGGAGCGCCUGCGAGCUGGAUCUGGUGGAGGAUGCUGCGGCAGGUGCUUCGCAGAGGGCUCCAGUCGUUCUGCCACAGGCUGGGCUUGUGCGUGAGCCGGCACCCGGUCUUUUUCCUCACCGUGCCCGCAGUCCUGACCAUCACCUUCGGCCUCAGCGCGCUCAACCGCUUCCAGCCCGAGGGCGACCUGGAGCGCCUGGUCGCUCCCAGCCACAGCCUGGCCAAGAUCGAGCGCAGCCUGGCCAGCAGCCUUUUCCCCCUGGACCAGUCCAAAAGCCAGCUCUAUUCGGACUUACACACCCCUGGGAGGUAUGGCAGGGUGAUCCUCCUCUCCCCACCCGGGGACAAUAUUUUGCUCCAGGCUGAGGGGAUCCUGCAGACCCACCGAGCCGUGCUGGAAAUGAAGGAUGGGAGGAACAGUUUUAUUGGACACCAACUGGGAGGGGUAGUGGAAGUGCCAAACAGCAAAGACCAGCGGGUCAAGUCAGCCAGAGCCAUUCAAAUCACCUACUACCUCCAGACCUAUGGCUCUGCCACCCAAGACCUUAUAGGGGAGAAGUGGGAGAAUGAGUUCUGUAAGCUUAUGAGGAAGCUCCAGGAGGAGCACCAAGAACUCCAGCUCUACUCCUUAGCAUCCUUUAGCCUCUGGAGAGACUUUCAUAAGACCAGCAUUCUGGCCAGAAGCAAGGUCCUGGUGAGCCUCGUGCUGAUCCUGACCACAGCCACCCUGUCCAGCUCCAUGAAGGACUGCUUGCGCAGUAAGCCCUUCCUGGGACUCCUGGGGGUGCUUACAGUGUGCAUCUCCAUCAUCACAGCAGCAGGGAUCUUCUUCAUCACGGAUGGAAAGUACAACUCCACCCUGCUGGGAAUCCCGUUCUUCGCCAUGGGUCAUGGAACUAAAGGAGUAUUUGAGCUUCUGUCUGGAUGGCGGAGAACCAAAGAAAAUCUGCCCUUCAAAGACAGGGUAGCAGAUGCCUAUUCUGAUGUGAUGGUCACCUAUACCAUGACCAGCUCCCUGUAUUUCAUCACCUUUGGCAUGGGUGCCAGCCCAUUCACAAACAUAGAGGCUGUCAAGAUCUUCUGUCAAAACAUGUGUGUCUCCAUUCUGUUGAAUUACUUCUAUAUUUUUUCCUUCUUUGGCUCCUGCCUGGUCUUUGCGGGCCAACUAGAGCAAAACCGUUACCACAGCAUCUUCUGCUGUAAGAUCCCUUCUGCAGAAUACCUGGACCGCAAACCUGUGUGGUUCCAGACAGUGAUGAGUGAUGGGCAUCAACAGACAUCCCAUCAUGAGACGAACCCCUACCAGCACCACUUCAUCCAGCACUUCCUCCGCGAACAUUACAAUGAAUGGAUUACCAAUAUCUAUGUGAAGCCAUUUGUUGUCAUCCUCUAUCUCAUUUAUGCCUCCUUCUCCUUCAUGGGGUGCUUGCAGAUCAGUGACGGAGCCAACAUCAUCAAUCUACUAGCCAGUGACUCCCCAAGCAUUUCCUAUGCCAUGGUUCAGCAAAAAUAUUUCAGCAACUAUAGCCCUGUGAUAGGAUUCUAUGUCUAUGAGCCCCUCGAGUACUGGAACAGCAGCGUCCAGGAGGACCUACGAAGACUCUGUAGUGGAUUCACUGCAGUGUCCUGGGUGGAGCAGUACUACCAGUUCCUGAAAGUCAGCAAUAUCAGUGCCAAUAACAAAAGUGACUUCAUCAGUGUCCUACAAAGCUCAUUUUUAAAAAAGCCAGAAUUCCAGCAUUUUCGAAAUGAUAUCAUAUUCUCCAAGGCAGGGGAUGAAAACAACAUCAUUGCUUCUCGCUUGUAUCUUGUGGCCAGGACUAGCAGAGACAAGCAGAAGGAAGUUAUAGAAGUGUUGGAAAAGUUGAGGCCCCUGUCCCUCUCAAAGAGCAUCCGAUUCAUUGUGUUCAACCCCUCGUUUGUUUUCACGGAUCAUUACAGCUUAUCUGUCACUGUGCCUGUUCUAAUUGCAGGCUUUGGUGUUCUCCUGAUGUUAAUCCUGACUUUUUUCCUAGUGAUCCAUCCUCUGGGAAACUUCUGGCUAAUUCUUAGUGUCACCUCAAUUGAGCUGGGCGUUCUGGGAUUAAUGACAUUAUGGAACGUCGAUAUGGAUUGCAUUUCUAUCUUGUGCCUUAUCUACACUUUAAAUUUUGCCAUUGACCACUGUGCACCACUGCUUUACACGUUUGUAUUAGCAACUGAGCACACCCGAACACAAUGUAUAAAAAGCUCCCUGCAAGAGCAUGGGACAGCCAUUUUGCAAAAUGUUACUUCUUUUCUUAUUGGGUUGGUUCCCCUCCUAUUUGUGCCUUCAAACCUGACCUUCACACUGUUCAAAUGCUUGCUGCUCACAGGGGGUUGCACACUUCUGCACUGUUUUGUUAUUUUACCUGUGUUCCUAACCUUUUUUCCCCCUUCCAAAAAGCACCACAAGAAAAAGAAACGUGCCAAACGAAAGGAGAGAGAAGAAAUUGAAUGCAUAGAAAUUCAAGAGAACCCUGAUCAUGUCACCACAGUCUGA